AUGGCAGAAAGUACACGAGUCGUCAGUUGAGAAAGGAGAUGAUCAGUCGCUAAGGGUUCUCAGUGUUUUCAUUGUGGAAUUUUCGGUUUGGAUCAGGAUUUUACUUGGGUGUAAUCAGAUGAACAAUACUAGGACCAGGGUAUCCGUGUUCAAGUGCCCUAACUAAUAAUACACGCUUUGAAGAGAACAAACGAUUGUCGAUCUUCGAUAAUUGGAUACGGUGGGUUUUAAUCAAUGUUUUUUUGGUACUAGUAUCUCUAUCUUAGAGAAGAAAAAUGGCUACUGCGAUCGCCGAGAUGCCGGCAGCACCGUACCCAGAGAUAGAUCAGUUCAAGCUGACGCCGAACACAACCUAUCAGCAACAGUAUUGUGGGGAAAAUAUCUCCGGCAUGGGUGCCAUAGACUAUGAAGGAAGAAAGCAGGCACUGAAAGGGAAGAUUCGUGAGAUGAUCCUACAGAUAAGGCAGCCAAAGAAACCGUACAAGAUGCACAGAGGCCCUUGGGAAGAGAUGCCGGUUUCAGAAGAGGCAAGGAGAAUACAGGGUGAAAGAGAGGCGCAAGGACAAACAGGGUUAACAGAUUCUAAGGACAUCAGGGAAGUCGACAAAAGAAGUAAGGAUGCAAUGAUAAAGAAAGCUGAAGACCAAGUGCGUUUAGCAGUCAAGCAAUAUAUGGACAGCAUCAACUAUAAACAGCAAAAAGACAGCGCUAAAAACAUGGGCAAGAAGACGCCAACCCAAGGGGGAAAGGAUAAUACGGUGCAAGGACGCACUGAUUUAAUGAUCACAAGUACUGCAAUGAAACCACAGCCCAAACCAGCAAUCCAGCAUGCUGAUAUUGUCGAUGCAUACAUGGGUAAACAAAGGAAGAAGUACGCAUCGUGUCUAAAAAGAGCCCCAUCACAGAGCACUGCAGGCCUUGGCAGCGGUUCUGUCCGAACUCCCUCUCCAGACAUCGAUCUUGGAGAUCUCGGAGGCGGUAGCGUAUCCUCACCUCUCCCAGCAGAGGACCACGGUUUUCCCUCGGACGUCACAGCGCCUUCGCCAGCAUUAGCAGGUCUGCCCGCAGACACCGGCCGUCCUCUAUCCAAAUCCAGACAGACCCCUCAGGAGACACACUGGUCAGUGUGGCAACAGCGCGGCACCCCUAAACCCUCCUCCACACCCGCUCCACCGGCCUCAGCGCGAGGUUUAACUCCCCGGCUCCGCACACCAGCAAGUAGAGGUGGUGUACCCGCCACACCCCGACCGGCUAGUCGUUCAUUCUCACGGGCAUCAGCUCACCCACCAGGACAAACCCCUACCCCUGUCAUACCCUAUUGCACCCCACCACCCAAAGCAUUAGGACCCACAGCUACCGAGGUUUUUGGCACUCCAGAACCUGGACCCAACUUCCCUCCUAAUACACAAGAGAUUGACGAAAGAGCUCUUGGGCCAAAAGUUUUAACAAACGUUAAUUUCCGAUCAUAUCACGAUAGUAAAUACAGAGAAUCACCGGUGCCAGUAGAAAUGUUUCAACCACGCGACGGCAUGGCUGCGUCUCACGCACGGUCGCUACGAGUUAGAACGACAUCCCCAACAAGGCAGCUAGGACAGCUACCCAGACGCUCCACAAAGUCUGCUGCCCCAAUGUACGAACACCCCAUAAACCAAGAGAGGCGGAUGAUCAACAACACUUUCAAAUCUCUGCAACAGUUUGAGUCUGCGAUGGGCCCAGGGUAUCACAGUGGUUAUGAUGAGAGUCCUAUGGCAGGCAAAUAUUUCCGUCCUGCAGGAGGCAAUGGAGACUAUAUGCAUCCUGGGAGUCAUUUUCAGUCCACUACAGCUCCAGUUAGAGGACACUUCACCAUUCAUCCUGACUGGGUGUCAGAGAGAAAGUCUGGCCGGCUGAAUCUAUCUCAUUUCACGUCGUCCAAGGAUCCCAACAGAUUCCGUUAUGGAUCCAAGUGAACGCUAUCCUGAUAAAUCAAACAUCUGCGUUUUUGAUGUGGUGUCUCGCUCACGAAUUGCUCAAAGCCACCGUCUGCUUUCCAGCAUUUCUUUUUUCGAAAACUAUUUGACUGCACCAUGUCGUGUUUUUUUUAAUGUCUUAAAAAACGACAGCAUUUUAUACCUCACAUUUGAAAUCACGCAUUCCAUGAUGGAACUUGCACUAGCUGCAAGGCAAAUCAACAGGAUGCCUCUUCGGAACUUUGCCGCAAUAUAUUCAUCUUAUUCUCAAGUCAAUCUUGGUGAUCUCACCCGAUGAUUAUGGAGCUACUGGUAGCCUCAUUUAAUAUGCUGAUAUCAUAGUAUUUGUUUAAUUCAGAUUUAGGCUUAAUACAUGUUUUUAAAGAUAUUAAAUUACUAUUUCGAAAUAUAUAUGUAUAAAUUUACCUUUCAAGGGUAAAAUUGAUCAUACAAUUUAGAGAAAGGAGUUUUUAGAAAAUUUCUUACAAUGAUAUAUUGAUAUAGUGCUCAAUUUUAUACGAAAAGACAAUCAAAAUGCGUAGUUUUUUUUUUCGAGUUUAUAUAUGGAUAUGGUAUACAUGUAUCUAAUAGUUUUUCAUUGUUCUUCGUACACGUGUGCAAUCAUUACGUUACAGAGGCAACCCUUUCCUCGUGUAAAUAUUCAAGAGAUCAGAUGUAAAAUACAAGUGAAUAAUAAUUUUAGAAACGGCACACCCAAAAGUCUUGCUCAAUGUUUUUUUCUUUUGCAUUUUAUAUUUAAAAGAAGUGUAAAAUCAUUUCAAGCAUGAUAUAAUUUGGUAAGGCCAUUUUAGAUGCCACAUCAAAAGGUGCAUGCAAGGACCAGACUAGACAUUCAAUUAAAUUUACAUUUGUAUUAUUUGAUCUCUCUGAUGUCAUCUGUAUUUAUUGUAGCUUACGUUUAUGCUAAAGCAAAAUAAAAUGCAGUUAAAUCA